UACACUCCCAGUGGCUGCCUGGUAUUGUGACGCAAUAAUUUCAAUGUUUUUUUGGAAUUUCUAUUCAUUCUUAUUUCUAAGCCAGUUUAAUAUUCAGUAGCAUUCAAGCUUUGGCAACCUCAGAUGAAGUACGAUGUUUUACCGGCUCAUUUUGGAGAACGAAUUAGGCGUGUAGCAUGGACUGCGACGACGCCCGAAAAGGGUUACAGGAAGCCCCAGAAAGGACAUUCCCUGUAUUCUUCAGAGGAAAACUGGGGGAGAAGCUCCAUCAGGAGACCCCAGGAUUUGACCUGUUGGACCCCAACAUGAGAGUCAUAGAUGUUAGUUAUAACUGCCUCCACGACAAACACCUGAAGAGUUUUUUCCGCCAUCCGGAAAGGAAGAAGCGGCUGGUGAAGCAAGGCCUCAUCACCUCAAAUGAGAAGGUGCUGUGUACGUGUAAAGAGUACAAUCGCUACAGUAGCUACAUCAAGUCAGUUCAGUUGCUGUGGGAGAAGCAGUGCUGUGCCCAGCAGGUUAGAGUGGUCUGCUUUCUAGAUGCAUAA